CAAGCGGGAGCCGGAGGCCCCGGGCUCUCUGGGCCGCGCCUGAGGCGGACACCACGGGGCUGGGGGGCGGCGGCAGCAGUGGCAGUGGUGGCGGCGGCGGGGUUGGGCGCCGCAGCUGGCCCGGGUGGAUGGAGUUGGAGGGGCGGGGUGCUGGCGGUGUGGCGGGGGGGCCGGCGGCUGGGCCCGGGCGGAGCCCCGGGGAGUCGGCGCUGCUGGACGGGUGGCUGCAACGGGGCGUGGGCCGGGGGGCCGGCGGCGGGGAGGCCGGGGCCUGCAGGCCCCCGGUGAGACAGGAUCCGGACUCCGGCCCGGACUACGAGGCGUUGCCGGCUGGAGCCACUGUCACCACGUACAUGGUGGCGGGCGCCGUGGCAGGGAUCUUGGAGCAUUGCGUGAUGUAUCCCAUCGACUGCGUCAAGACCCGGAUGCAGAGUCUACAGCCUGACCCAGCUGCCCGCUAUCGCAAUGUGUUGGAGGCCCUCUGGAGGAUUAUAAGAACGGAGGGCCUAUGGAGGCCCAUGAGGGGGCUGAACGUCACAGCAACGGGUGCAGGCCCUGCCCACGCCCUUUAUUUUGCCUGCUACGAAAAGUUAAAAAAGACACUGAGUGAUGUAAUCCACCCUGGGGGCAAUAGCCAUAUUGCCAAUGGUGCGGCUGGGUGUGUGGCCACAUUACUUCAUGAUGCAGCCAUGAAUCCAGCGGAAGUGGUCAAGCAGAGGAUGCAGAUGUACAACUCACCAUACCACCGGGUGACAGACUGUGUACGGGCAGUGUGGCGAAAUGAAGGGGCCGGGGCCUUUUACCGCAGCUACACCACCCAGCUAACCAUGAACGUUCCUUUCCAAGCCAUUCACUUCAUGACCUAUGAAUUCCUGCAGGAGCACUUUAACCCCCAGAGACGGUACAACCCCAGCUCCCACGUCCUCUCCGGAGCCUGUGCAGGAGCUGUAGCUGCCGCUGCCACAACCCCACUGGACGUUUGCAAAACACUGCUCAACACCCAGGAAUCCUUGGCUUUGAACUCAAACAUUACAGGACACAUCACAGGCAUGGCUAGUGCCUUCAGGACGGUAUAUCAAGUAGGUGGGGUGACCGCCUACUUCCGAGGGGUGCAGGCUAGAGUAAUUUACCAGAUCCCCUCCACAGCCAUCGCGUGGUCUGUGUACGAGUUCUUCAAAUACCUAAUCACUAAACGGCAAGAAGAGUGGAGGGCAGGCAAGUGAAGAAGCACUGAACGAAGAAGCCAGGGGCUCGGAUAACACUGCUGCAUCCUGCCUACUCCAGCCACGUUCUGUCUCCUGGCCUGCUCCAGCCUUGAGUGGAGUUGGAAGGAAGGUAGAGGGCUCUCCUCAGGCUGUUGGUGUCUUGGCUAACACCGGUUCCUGCCACAACCUCUGUUGCAGCCACCUUUCCUUCCAGGCCCUAAGCAAGUGCAGCAAAGCGCACCACACACAGCACCUUUGACAGCCUCUCUCCAUCCUGGGCCUGACGACCUGCUCUAGACUGUUACAGAGGGAUAAGCAGCUCAUUCCCCUGGUUCCUAAUAAAAAGCCUUUAAAUUAAA